AGACACACAGAAAUAGGUUUCUUCGCGCUAACAAUUUGCGCUUUACUUUCAAGCGUAUUUGAACCUGUGAAACAACCAAGUUCGUAAGUGUCGUAAGGAGGAAGAUGCAGCUGCCUGGAAGCGGUCCCGGCUACUCGCCGGUGAGCCAGUUCGGUCCGGUAGGUGCCGGGCAGGUACCCGUGCUGCCAACGCGACCGAAAGAAAAGGUGGAAUCGCUCUUGGUGAUGCUGACCUUUGCCGCGGGUAUCGCGGGCCUAGCGCUGCCAAUCGCCUGUUUGAUGUACUACCCGGCGGGCGUCAUCAUGGAGCCAGUCAUGUUCAUCGAGAAAAUAUACCAGCUUUUCUUCUCCGGCCUACUCGUGCUCGGAGAGUCACAUCACGGUACAACUGAAGGACGUUGUUUUCUAUGCAUAAAUGACCACGUUUUUCUCUUUCACCAUGACGGAUGUGAAGUUUCGUUGCACUACGAGGAUGGCCGCGCCCUAUGUAAGGAAAAGGUUCUGAAAUUUAUCCCGAUAAUCAGCAAUCGAAUUCGUUUCUCCCAGGUGGUAGCCGUCGUAUCCACGAGGCGCAAACUGCGGUUUACUACGGAGCAAAGUUGCUCUCACGGCUAAUGGGCAAAGGCCUGUUCAUAAUUUUCAUCGGCUGCAACUGCUUCAACAUGGUAAAUCCGGACGUACAGGAUGGGUUUUUCCAGGUCUGCAUCUACGCUACCGGCUUUGGCGUCGUAGCCAUUGGAGCAUUGAACCUGCUUGCAGGUAAAGGAUUUAUUUCAACUGAUGAAAAGUAGACGUAGGUUCUUGUCAGGCUCAGGAUACAACUUAAAGAAUUGCAUUACUAGUAUACGCGUAUGUUUCGACCACUUGGUGUUUUCAAAACGAAAACAUGCAACAACUGCAGGUAUCCAGAAAGCCUUCGCCCUGAACGGAAUCCGGUCAAAACUGCAGAAUUGGAGAGACCCAACUGGGAAGAUGCUGCUUCCUGUGCGUAAUUACGACCCGGAGGUGGAGAGCUACCUGCUCGAAAAGCUCGCGUCGCAGGAAUCCCUCGCUAUCUUCCUCAAUCAGUUUUCUACCAAAUACAGGGGACAGGCACUGACGAAAGAAGAAUUCCAAGACAUGUGCCGCAUGGUCAACAAGGAGCCCAGAUUCAAGUAUUACGCUGCUCCAAUUGUGCAGCAUUUUUGACCCAGUUGCAAGUAGAAGCUUAAAGAGGUGGGGUCGGUGUCUUCAGAAAAGAGCAUUGUUGUUUCAUUUCGUUCCCCAAAGACCGCAACGAAAAUAUGCGAAUCAGGUGGCAGGCGUGGGAUCUAGAGCUCAUUUUCGAGUCGAUUACCCAGGACGGCGUGAUAAGCGACACCAUGGUCAUGGGUGUCCAGCUAUGGACGGAAAAAGCUGGGUGUGUUUCAUGCAGCAAGGUCCGUUUUCAUUUUUCUCGCGCUUGCCAUGAUGAAAACUGGAGACUGCUGCUAUGAAACACCCGGCUUUUUCUCUUCAUACCGACCCAAAGAAGCCAUCAGUUUCGACGACAUCCACGAGUGGCUGCAACCGGGGUUGCCUUUGAUGCUUUAAAUUUAAGAAAAUAUUUUUUUGCAUUGCUGGACCUUCUUCCACGUAGAGAAGGAGUUUCAUCGCUUGGAGCACUUCUGCCGAUGUCGUAUGUACAGCAGGAAAUACGCAUGGUAUCCAUGUCAUGGUAGCAAGAAAUCACCGAAAAAGAAAAGCUACUUGGAAAACGCACAAAGAAAAUUGCAGGAGAGUGCAGCCAAAGUAUGCAGC